GCUNCCGAGGAGUUACUGGGUCGUCCGAAGUUGAUCUCCGGUACGGGGACACGGAUAAAGCCCCCAACAGGGCCACUGUUUCCGAUUCGGUUGAAAGAAGACGAGGAGCAUUCAAGCGGUUUUUGUCCGGAGAUCGGAAACAGAUUAUUAGAAGCCCAGUUGGUAGUUUCCGGCCGGGCCAGAGUUAUCAAACUGGAUCAAAUUUCGCUCUUGCGUAAUCGGGGUUACUAUGGUUACUUGCCAUCAGAGGAACGACUCUUUGUUCACCAGUUCGAUAUGGACAAAAUGGCCGCUGACACGGACGAUGAGGAAAUAGGCAAUCAAACUGAACCGUUUAUGAUGACUAUGACAGAAGAUAGACGGGAAUCAGUAACAAGCGAUGGUAAAUCCGAAUUAUUCUUAACUGGUGAAGAAAUUCUGUUUCUGUCCCACACCCUUGGCUGUUUGGACAUCCUUCUCCCGCCCGAUCCAAAUGCAAGUACACCCACCGAUGUAACGUAUCCGCUUCGUCUCUGGUUCUAUUUGUGCUCCGGCAACCUUAGUGCUCGUGCAUUGGAACCCCAUGUGGCCAGAACAGAGAAUGAGCAGUUUCGUUCAGCCGAACAGGAUCUCUUACGACGAUACGCGGCCUAUUUGUAUUAUCGUGCACGUGGCUGGAUUGUCCGACCGGGGCUCGCGUUGGGCGGCGUACAUUUCUUGCUCUACGCUCAAAGUCCGUCUCAUCGCCACGCCGCAUUUGCUGUUCUAGUGGAUCCGGCCACAGCCCCAGACACGAAAGGAGAACAAGUGACGUGCGCUGAAAUGGCCGCACAUGUUCGAGUGGUGCAUUCAGUUGGCAAGUCUGCAAUAAUGUAG